GCGUAUUUGUAUUGUAUAGUAAAACUUUAAAUUGUACUUUAAAACGCUAAGAUAUUGGAAGUGCUCAACAUAAACAUAGAUUCUGGUUGUUUAGUGUAAGUGUGUAACCGACCAGUCAAAAUGAAGCCCCUCCUCUGCGACGCCGGCGCCGGCCGGAGGGGAGAAGACGACCGACUAUCCGCGUUACCGGACGAGAUCAUCCAAGAGAUCAUGGCGCGCCUACCCUCGACAAACGAAGCCGCCAGAGCCACCGUCCUGUCCAGAAGAUGGACCCGCCUCUGGCGCCCGUACCCAACCCUAGAAUUCCACAUUCCUAGUUCCAGAUCGGUAAGGCCACUCCUGCAACGAUUCAUCGCCGCCGCCGAGAAACAGCUCCCUGGCCACCAUGUGGAAGCGCUGCGGAUCGAUGUCGGAAGCUAUUACGGGGUACCCCUCUCAAAUUUCGUAACAGCCUUGUUGAACAUGAUCGGCGCGCGCCCGCCGCCGACAGAGCUCGAAAUCAAGUUCGAAUUCGGACAUCAAUCGGUACUCCUCCCCUCCCAAUUAACCAAUCUCGAGAUUCUCAAACUCAGCGGCUGUAGUUUCGAGAGAUCUUGUUGCUGUCUCCAUCCAAUGGUCAAUCUCAGGGUGCUCUCUCUGACCCGCUUCGCCGUCGAGGACGACCGACUUCUCAACGACGUCAUCGCCGGCGCCCCUCUGCUGGAAGAUUUGAAUCUGGGUUCGAUGUAUAGCAGGAACAAGGGAUCGGAAGAAUCAGGGAGGCUUCAAAUUUGCGAUCGCACGAACCUGAAGUCAAUCACCGUACGGAGCUGCCCCUUUACCAAAUUGAUUCAGAUCAAAGGGGUUAACUCUCUGCAAACCCUAACAUUGGAAGACUCGAUCCACGGCGACCUCGACGCAUCUCCUCCGCCUCCGAACCUGAGAUCGCUCCUCAUCGGCCGUGCUCCCAGCUUGACGGAUGCAGUUCUCUACGAAUUGAUCUCCGGCGGCUGCCCAUCUCUUCAGUGGCUCUAUUUGUACGACCUGCCUCGCGUCGACGAGCUCAGGAUUCUGAGCCCGAAUCUCGAGCACUUGGAGCUUGCUUGUCCCUACCCCAAAGGGAUGCCUGUUCAUAUCGACGCCCCCAAAUUGGUCGACGCCCAAUACAGUGGCUAUGUGGAAGAUGCAUUGCUAUCGAUUGGCUAUGCUGCUGCUGCUGCUACGAAUAAUCUCGAACCAGCAGCUAGCUUGUGCCGUGCCCACAUCAGGUUUACUCCCCAGAUCCUGAGGAACAGAGAGUUUGCAGACUUGAAGUGCUUCCUCGCGAAAACAAGCAGCCGGUUCCGAUUGGUUGAGCUCUGCUUCGAUUGUCGCCUAGGCAAGGCGUCCUUUGAUUGGAACCGAAUCAACGACGAUUCGCCGGCGGUAGCUGUUCACUGUGUUGAAUUCGAGGGUGGAAUAGACGGCGAACCGGACGGCGAGAAUGAAGCUUUUUUGGUCUGUCUGCUGUGGAGUUGUCAUCCAAAAUAUCUGCGUUUAACGCAAUGUUGUACUCAAGAGAUAUGGAGUACAACGUUUAAGUAUCUAUAUGAGUUUCUGGUGAGAAGAACCGUUCGUAAGUGUAAUAAAGCUGCUUACAAGUGCUUCUAUCACCUAUGUAAGUUUGUUAAGGAAAGAAGAUCUUGUGAGUGCCGGACAGGUGGCCACAGAUGUUGGCGUCAUCAGUUGAAAAACGUGAAGAUUGUUAAAAAGUCCGUUAGAGAAGAGGGUGACGAUGAGGGAGAAGAUGAAUACGGACUUAAACGUAUUGACGAACUGAUUUCAAUUUUUACGGAGACAGACCAGAUUGUGCUUAGAUUGACUUGGUAUUAGAAGUUAUAAUUAAUCUUUCGGCUUUAGAUUGUUAAAAAGCCCGUUAAAGAACAGGGUGACGAUGAGGGAGAAGAUGAAUACGGACUUAAACGUAUCGACGAACUGAUUUCAACUUUUACGGAGACAGACCAGAUUGUACUUAGAUUGACUUGGUAUUAAAAGUUAUAAUUAAUCUUUCGGCUUUAGAUGUUAUUAAGGACUUAA